GGGAUGCAGCAGGGGAACGGAAGGAAGAACUCAGAGCUCACUCAUCAAGCCCACCUCUGUCCCCUCAGCUCAUCACUCUGAGGACAAACCCAGAUGCAGCCACUCAGAACAGGCGAUUCCAGUUCACCCAGAACCAGAAGAAAGAAGACUCAAAAACAUCCACAUCUGUCACCAGUGUGAACCAGGCGAGCACGUCACGCCUGGAAGGCCUGCAGUCGGAGAACCACCGCCUGAGGAUGAAGAUCACAGAGCUGGAUAAAGACUUGGAGGAAGUCACCAUGCAGCUGCAGGACACACCAGAAAAGACCACCUACAUCAAACAGAACCACUACCAGGAGCUCAACGACAUCCUCAACCUGGGGAACUUCACAGAGAGCACAGAUGGAGGAAAGGCCAUUUUAAAAAAUCACCUCGAUCAAAAUCCCCAGCUACAGUGGAACACGACAGAACCCUCACGAACAUGCAAAGACCCCAUAGAAGAUAUAAACUCCCCAGAACACAUCCAGCGCAGGCUGUCCCUCCAGCUCCCUAUCCUCCACCACGCCUACCUCCCAUCCAUCGGAGGCGUGGACGCCAGCUGUGUCAGCCCCUGCGUCAGCCCCACCGCCAGUCCCCGCCACAGACACGUGCCACCUUCCUUCCGAGUCAUGGUCUCAGGCCUGUAAAGGUGGGAGGCCUGGGGUUGGGGCCUCCCCAGUGACAGCACCAUGCUGGGCACAGGUGUCUGCUACAGGCACACUGUUGGCUCUGGCCACAGAGAAGCUGGGUGCCUUGGCUGCCUCUCGGGACUACUCAGAUGUCACUCAGGUGGACAGGAUGGGGGACUUGGCACCUGACCUCGAGCCUUAUUUGUGAAGUUCUUAUUCUUUCACAAAGAAGAGGAAUGGAAGUGACUUCUUCCUUAAUGUCUGCAACUAAGGAGGAGCUGGGAUAUUUGAAACUUGCAAAAA